AUGCCGCGUCCUUUGACAUGGUUCAACUGCCGUCCCAAGCGUAUGGACUGCAGUGCGUCAACAGUCAAAGUCCCCACCAGCCACCGCUGGGCUGAGCGUGUGGCUAUUGAGGGUGGACCACGCCAUGCUGAGUGUACAGAAGACCAGCCCAAGGAUGGUGAAUGCCCUGAGCGGCUGGAGGAGAGAUCACAUGACCAGAAGAUACCCAGAGGAGGACCACAGGAGAACCAGAGGAGGACCAGAGGAGGGCCAGAGGAGAACCAGAGGAGGACCAGAGGAGAACCAGGGAAGGACCAGAGGAGAACCAGAGGAGAACCAGAGGAGAACCAGAGGAGGACCAGAGGAGAACCAGAGGAGGACCAGAGGAGAACCAGAGGAGAACCAGAGGAGGACCACAGGAGAACCAGAGGAGGACCAGAGGAGGGCCAGAGGAGAACCAGAGGAGGACCAGAGGAGAACCAGGGAAGGACCAGAGGAGAACCAGAGGAGAACCAGAGGAGGACCAGAGGAGAACCAGAGGAGGACCACAGGAGAACCAGAGGAGGACCAGAGGAGGACCAGAGGAGGACUAGCAAAGAACCAGAGGAGGACCAGAGGAGAACCAGAGGAGGACCAGAGAAGAACCAGAGGAGAACCAGAGGAGAACCAGAGGAGAACCAGAGGAGAACCAGAGGAGGACCAGAGGAGGACCAGAGGAGGGCCAGAGUAGAACCAGAGGAGAACCAGAGGAGGACCAGAGGAGAACCAGAGGAGGACCAGAGGAGAACCAGAGGAGAACCAGAGGAGGACCAGAGGAGAACCAGAGGAGGACCAGAGGAGAACCAGAGGAGAACCAGAGGAGGACCAGAGGAGGGCCAGAGGAGAACCAGAGGAGGACCAGAGGAGGACCGGGGGAGGACCAGGGGAGGACCAGAGGAGGACCAGGGGAGGACCAGGGGAGGACCAGAGGAGGACCAGGGGAGGACCAGAGAGGAGGACCAAAGGAGGACCAGAGGAGGACCAGAGGAGGACCAGAGAUGGACCAGAGAAGAACCAGAGGAGAACCAGAGAAGAACCAGAGGAGGACCAAAGGAGGACCAGAGGAGGACCAGAGGAGGAUUAGUGAAGAACCAGAGGAGAACCAGAGGAAAACCAGAGGAGGACCAAAGGAGAACCAGAGGAGGACCAGAGGAGGACCAGAGGAGGACUAGCGAAGAACCAGAGGAGGACCAGAGGAGAACCAGAGAUGGACCAGAGAAGAACCAGAGGAGAACCAGAGGAGAACCAGAGGAGAUCCAGAGGAGGACCAGGGGAGAACCAGAGGAGAGCCAGAGGAGAACCAGGGGAGGACCAGAGGAGAACCAGAGAAGAACCAGAGGAGAACCAGAGGAGAGCCAGAGGAGGACCAGAGGAGGACCAGAGGAGAACCAGAGGAGGACCAGAGAAGAACCAGAGGAGAACCAGAGGAGGACCAGAGAAGAACCAGAGGAGAACCAGAGGAGAGCCAGAGGAGGACCAGAGGAGAACCAGAGGAGGACCAGAGGAGAACCAGAGGAGGACCAGAGGAGAACCAGAGGAGGACCAGAGGAGAACCAGAGGAGGACCAGAGAAGAACCAGAGGAGGACCAGAGAAGAACCAGAGGAGAACCAGAGGAGAACCAGAGGAGAUCCAGAGGAGGACCAGGGGAGAAUCAGAGGAGAACCAGAGAAGAACCAGAGGUGAACCAGAGAAGAACCAGAGGAGGACCAAAGGAGGACCAGAGGAGGACCAGAGGAGGAUUAGUGAAGAACCAGAGGAGAACCAGAGGAGAACCAGUGGAGGACCAGAGAAGAGCCAGAGGAGAACCAGAGGAGAACCAGAGGAGGACCAGAGAAGAACCAGAGGAGAACCAGAGGAGAUCCAGAGGAGGACCAGGGGAGGACCAGAGGAGGACCAGAGGAGGACCGGGGGAGGACCAGGGGAGGACCAGGGGAGGACCAGAGGAGGACCAGGGGAGGACCAGAGGAGAACCAGAGGAAAACCAGAGGAGGACCAGGGGAGGACCAGAGAUGGACCAGAGAAGAACCAGAGGAGAACCAGAGAAGAACCAGAGGAGGACCAAAGGAGGACCAGAGGAGGACCAGAGGAGGACCAGAGGAGGACUAGCGAAGAACCAGAGGAGGACCAGAGGAGAACCAGAGAUGGACCAGAGAAGAACCAGAGGAGAACCAGAGGAGAACCAGAGGAGAACCAGAGGAGGACCAGAGGAGAACCAGAGGAGAGCCAGAGGAGAACCAGGGGAGGACCAGAGGAGAACCAGAGAAGAACCAGAGGAGAACCAGAGGAGAGCCAGAGGAGGACCAGAGGAGGACCAGAGGAGAACCAGAGGAGGACCAGAGAAGAACCAGAGGAGAACCAGAGGAGGACCAGAGAAGAACCAGAGGAGAACCAGAGGAGAGCCAGAGGAGGACCAGAGGAGAACCAGAGGAGGACCAGAGGAGAACCAGAGGAGGACCAGAGGAGAACCAGAGGAGGACCAGAGGAGGACUAGCGAAGAACCAGAGGAGGACCAGAGGAGAACCAGAGGAGGACCAGAGAAGAACCAGAGGAGGACCAGAGAAGAACCAGAGGAGAACCAGAGGAGAACCAGAGGAGAUCCAGAGGAGGACCAGGGGAGAAUCAGAGGAGAACCAGAGAAGAACCAGAGUGGAGGACCAGAGAAGAGCCAGAGGAGAACCAGAGGAGAACCAGAGGAGGACCAGAGAAGAACCAGAGGAGAACCAGAGGAGAUCCAGAGGAGGACCAGGGGAGGACCAGAGGAGGACCAGAGGAGGACCGGGGGAGGACCAGGGGAGGACCAGGGGAGGACCAGAGGAGGACCAGGGGAGGACCAGAGGAGAACCAGAGGAAAACCAGAGGAGGACCAGGGGAGGACCAGAGGAGGACCAGAGGAGAACCAGAGGAGAACCAGAGGAAAACCAGAGGAGGACCAAAGGAGAACCAGAGGAGAAUCAGAGGAGAACCAGAGAAGAACCAGAGGAGGACCAGAGAAGAACCAGAGGAGAACCAGAGAAGAACUAGAGGAGAACCAGAGGAGAACCAGAGGAGAACCAGAGGAGAUCCAGAGGAGGACCAGGGGAGGACCAGAGGAGGACCAGAGGUGGACCAGAGGAGGACCAGAGGAGGACCAGGGGAGGACCACGGGAGGACCAGGGGAGGACCAGAGGAGGACCAGGGGAGGACCAGAGGAGAACCAGAGGAAAACCAGAGGAGGACCAGGGGAGGACCAGAGGAGGACCACAGGAGAACCAGAGGAGGACUACAGGAGAACCAGAGGAGGACCAGGGGAGAACCAGAGGAGGACCACAGGAGAACCAGAGGAGGACUACAGGAGAACCAGAGGAGGACCAGGGGAGAACCAGAGUAGGACCAGGGUUUAUGCAGGAAUUCCCAGAUCCUGUGAGUCCAUCGUGCGACCUUUCAAGCCCUGCCUCACCUUCCUGAGUCGUCUGACGGUUUGCCAGAACAACCUUGGGGCCAACCGGAAGUCCUCCUCCAUGGCCUCCCUGAACUCCUCCCACACCUGGAUUUCCUCUUCCUCAACUCCUGAAGCUACCUGA